AUGUUCACGCUCUGCUUAAACUUGGUGUUUCUGCUGGUCGCAACAACCUUGCACAAACCCGGGUCAAAUGGGUUGGGAAUUUUGUUCGAAGGAGACUGCCGCAAAAUCGAUAGGGGUAAUAAAGUCGCGCACGGCGUUAUCAACGUCUUAAGUACCGUACUCAUUGAUCGGUCGAACUUUUGCAUGCAGCUGCUGUCAUCACCAACUCGGAAGGAUAUAGAUGCCGCUCACAAGAAACGUCAAUGGGCUGAUAUCGGCAUACCGAGUUUUCGCAACGUCUGGAAGGGUCACAUCGGCCGCUGGCGAAUAUUCUGGUGGAUACUCCUUGCCAUGGGUUCAGUGCCACUGCAUCUAUUAUGGAAUUCUACCGUCAUAUUCUCUCCAAUCGCAUAUCAGUACAACGAACUCACGGUCACGGAUGGUUUCGUUCGAGGACUACCCUGGAACGACAAAGAUUUGACACCUGUUCAGUUCUCCGACGAAGGAAUAGGGGCAAAUUGGCCAGAUAACCUCCAUUUUCUGCAGCAGGACUUGCCCAACUACGAGAAACUUGACAACGAACAGUGCCAGAAAAAAUACGCACAGCAUUUUGUAGGAGACCAAGCCGACGUCGUUGUGGUGACUAAACCAGCCGUGCCAGAUAUGAACACAUCGACGGUGCUGGGUGGUGCAGCAGCCGGAUGGGGUCCCUGGCCAUAUCAAUGGCUCUGCCCACCCGAAUCGCGCCAGAGUCUUGCCUGCUAUGGCAAGCUUUCCAAGGCUGGAAACAACUGGGAUUUCCCAGAUUACACACAUCCGAAGGUUGAUUACUGUCUGAGCAAGAAGAUGGAGAAGAGAUGUAGACUCGAGUAUGGAUCUCUUCCUACCAUACUCACUGUGGUGGCCAAUUUGCUGAAAGUCGUCUGCUUUGUCGCGACAUACUGGUGGCUAAAGCAUGGAGCCAAGGCUCAGCCACUGAUUACUACAGGCGACGCAAUUGCAUCUUUUUUGGAACAUGAAGAUAAGGAAACGCUCGGAAUGAGCAUCGUUGAGAAGACUGACUUCCAGAAUGGUAUCUGGGAUCAUCGAUGGGCCCAAAUCAAUCCGAUGCUUUGGCGAGAACGCGAGCGGUGUGCAGCCUUCCGGGCCAUUGGCGUUAGUCGGUGGAUAAUCAGUACAAUCUUGCUAUCGGCUAUUCCGCUCUUUCCGUCCAUAUUCCUAAUCUCUAAAGUCCGCUGGCUAAAGAACGACCUCGGAUUAAACAGAGACGCUAUCCAGCAACUUGGCAUCGGCAAUCCAAGCGGACUUUUUCUAUUCGGAGUAUGGUCUGGAGACGUUCAGACGAACCAAUCACUAUCCCUCCGCGGUCCACCUUCCAAAGGCGUUAUUUUGCGUAACAUCGUCUUAGCUAACACUCCGCAAUUCGCCCUCUCUCUGGCGUAUUAUGUAUGGAACAGUCACUUAACAGCCAUGAUCGCUGCCCGCGAGUACACCGAGUACGCUGCACCACCUAUCGAGACAACCGGCGUACCUCAAAAUGAACCCAAACUCAGCCUCCGGAUCACUGACCCUCUCGCAAAAACGGACCAGCGCGCUAUUCAUUUCUUUACGGUUCCAUUCGGGUACUGGGCCCUAAUCACAAUUCUGUGGACGGCUCUACACUGGCUCGCCUCCCAAGCCAUCUUUUUCACCCGCGUCGUUUCACUAGACCACUGGCUUGAGAUAUCAGAGUUUUCCAUCAGCCAAGUAGGUUAUUCAGUACUCGGGAUGCUAUGUUUCCUUUCAGUCUCGCUCGUGGUCUUUUUGUAUGGCGUAUGGAUCAGUCUCAGAAGUUUCGAGAAUCGUAUGCCACUUGCAGCAACAUGCAGUGCAGCUCUGAGCGCCGCAUGUCAUCCGAAACAUUUCGAUAAGAGGCAUCAUGAGAAGAAGGUUCACUGGGGGGUGGAGAUCCCGAAGAGGGAGAACCCGCUGGCCAAAAAAGAAAGCGGAAAGAAAGUAAGAAGAUGCACAUUUACAAGUGGGGAUGCUCAUUACCCAGAUUCAGACCGACGGUAUGCCUGA